UUCCCAGGUCAUGCAGCUGUUUCUUCCUCUGCCCACUUGGAUCAGGGACAGGGCAGAAAGAGACAACAGAAGUGUGUAUGAGCUAGCUUUCUUUCUUUCUUUCUUUCUUUCUUUCUUUCUUUCUCCCCCCCCCCGCACACCCCCAGCUCUGUGAUGCCUGCAGUACGGUUUUGCUUCCGAUUUUCCUUUGCUGUUUUAGAUCUGUAGACAAGGGGAUGUUUGAGGAAAAUGAGUGGGGUGAAGGUUGCAGAGAUGGGCAAUGUGAUUUGCUCUGGAGUUAUGGACAGUUGAGUUUUGUUUAAGAACCCGAGAAGAGCCCUGCUGGAUCAGACCCAAGACCCAUCUAGAUGAGCAUCAUAUUUCUAGCAUGGGUCACCCAGAUGCGCCUGGAAAGGGGUGUGAUCCCCUUAGAACGCCACCUAAGGAAGUGGCUAUCACCACGUUAUCGGCCACUACGUUUGGCAGCGGUUCACCACCCGAGGAUGAAAAUGAAAGAGGAGAUUCCAGAAGGCCCCACAUCUGACAGGUCGUCAGAAGAAUCUGGAAACGGUCUCCAUGUUGUCCAGACUGGAUCUAAGGAAGAAGGCCUGCAUCAGGUGACCUCACAGGGGGUUAAACUGGAGCCAGAGGAGAGGCAGCUGCAGUGCUGGGAAGCCCAGUUGCAGGAGUUCCUGAAGAAGGUCGAGUCUCCUCCCUCCGGGUCAGAAAACACAGAGCCCCCCUCAGAGGCCGAGAUGUCUCUGGUUCCCUCUGAUGUCUGCCAGAGUCAAAAGGAGACAGCAAGGCUCCAGCCAGCCUUCAGAGAGGGAGACCCAACUGGAGUCCAAGGAAGCUGCCAAAAAGUGAAGGAGGAGGUUCUGAGAGAUGAGACCAUCAGCACUGAAGUCCUGCGCCGACGUUUUAGGACUUUCUGCUACCAAGAGGCAGGAGGGCCGAGAGCAGCUUGCAGCCGCCUCCAGGGACUUUGCCACAGCUGGCUGAAGCCAGAAAGGCGCACCAAAGGGCAGAUCCUGGAGUUGGUGAUCCUGGAGCAGUUCCUGAGCAUUCUGCCCUUGGAGAUCCAGAGCUGGGUGAGGGAAGGCCAGCCAGAGACCUGCGGCCAUGCGGUGGCCCUGGCUGAGGAGUUCCUGCUCCGGCAUGGAAAGGCUGAGAGGGAGAAGAGACAGGUGCUGGGAAGGUUUGUGGAGUUAUCUGUGAGUUUCUCUGAAGAAGAACAGACUUCCCUGGACCCUGGACAGAAGCAUCCUUGCAGAGAGAUCGAGCAGGAGCGCAACAGAGACGCCAGCUUUCUAGGAGGUGAGAUGUUGACAAGUGAGCAGGAUAAGGAACUGCAGAGGGUGCCUUCGGAAAAAUUAAAACACGAGAAGGAAGAAGAAGGCUGUGGCAAUGGAGAUGAACCAGAAAGGCAGCUGCCAAGAACAUCCAAGGAGUCACCUGUGAGUUUCACCACAGCUGACCAGAUGCCACUGGACACAGGGGAGAGGCAUCCUUGCAGAGAGAUCAAGCAGGAGAGCAAUGGAGACACCAUCUUGUAUGGAGUCAAUUUGCUGGUGAAUGAGUGUAGUAAGGAACCACAGGGGAUGCUCUCACAUAAGUCAGAGGGCGAGAUGGAAGGAAAAAUCUGCAACAAUCAAGAUGGAACAGAAAGGCAGAUGGAAAACCAGACUGAGGAGUGGAAGAACAAAUUUGUUAUAGGUCUGGGUAGCAGCUCCUGCAAAAUUAAGGCCCCCGAAAGAGUGUACAGAGGAAAGACAAGAAGCCCGUGUCCUGUGUGUGGGAAAAUUUUUGCCACAAAAUCAAGUGUUAAUCGACACCAGAGAAUCCACACGGGGGAGAAGCCCUAUAAAUGUUCCGAUUGUGGGAAAAGCUUUACUCAGAAAACAAGUCUGAUAACCCACAAAGUAAUCCACUCUGAUCAGAAACUUUACAAAUGCUCAGAUUGUGGGAAAAGUUUCAAACAUAAACUGAGCCUUAUUGCACACCAUUCAAUACAUACUGGAGAGAAGCCAUAUAAAUGCUCAGUCUGUAGGAAAAGCUUCACACAGAGAGCCCACGUCAGCAGACAUCAGAGAAUCCAUGCAAGAGAGAAGCAAAAGGCUUCUCCAAAUUCUGAUAGCUGAAGCUCAUUUUUUUCUGAAUUAAAAUUUGGAGGAAGAUUUCACUUUGAUAUCUGAAAUUGAUUACUAUUAGAGGGUCUAGGACUGACCAGCCCUCAUCCACCUCCUGCAUUUUGCCAGAAGUCACUUAACUAGAUGUGACUCUUGCCUGGAAGAAGGCAAGCCCCAACCAGUUACUCACAAAAAGAUGCAGCAGGCAGCCUCCACUGAGGGUGAGUAAUUAUGCUGUGUUGGAAAUGAUUGCUGACGUCAUGCCCAAUCCAGCAAUGGAAAAAAGCUACCCUCCCUCCAUGGAAAUCUAUUGGAAGGAAACAAAACUGGAGCAGCAAAUUGUUUAUGGCCCUUCCAGACAUCAGUGUAUUCCAACUUCAGCACAAAUUACCAUGGAAAAUAAAAUGGGAAAUCUAUGCUACACAGAAGGGAUGUUGUGUAAUAUUCUUAGCACCAUCUUCUGGCAAUCAGUGGCACUCCAUGAAACAACCCUCUUUUUCCAAGUUAAGAAUAAAAUUAUGAAAAAAGCUGCUGUUUCACAGAUUGCCAGUAGAUGGCACUAAGAAUAUUACGCAACAUACGAUGAAUGACCUAACCUACCUCACAGGGUUGUUGUGAGGAUAAAAAUAACCAUGUACACCCCUCUGAGAAUUUUCUGUGAGUAAUUUGUACUGAUAUUAGAAUAUAGCAGCAUCUGGAAGAGCUCUUAAAGCGUCAAUGGCUCAGGAAGAGUUCUUGCAGCAAGCUACUGUGCCCUGGUGCCCUCUAUGUGAAUGACUGGAGGAAAUCUCAUUACACUGAAAGCACAGAAACUGUCCCCAUAGUUCACCUUUUAUUAGCAAUCCAUAGGUAUACAAAGGUGAGAGUUAGUAAAAGGAGCUGGAUUAUGAGAGAUUUUUUAAAAAAAAUCUAAGAUUUCUAAUGUUAAUAUUCAAAUUAGAUUCAGUGGGAGAUAUACACUGACAAUUUCCCCUGUAUUAACUUGCAGGUACAAGUAUAGCCUGUUCAGACAUUAUGUUGUACAUGUGUUGGGGUAUCUGUACACAUUUACAUGUUUUUGUGUACAUGAAUGUACCUGCAUUCAUUUUAAAAGCAAACCUGGGUACAGGUCUCCUGAAAUGUAGUCAAUUAAUUCAUCCACGUAAACCACUUCCAAAACUUUUUCGUAACACUUCUUUUAUAGUAGGCGGAGAAGGAGCUUUUCAACAGAGACUAUUUUCUACUGCAACCAAGAGGUUUAGGAUCACCAUCUGAGCAGUGUGAUUGAUUGAUGGCUGACAUUCACUGUUCCGUGUGUGUGUGUGUGUGUGUGUGUGUCUUAACAAGAUGUGUGUGCAGUUGCACAAGAGUGCUCUUGUGUAAAAACAAUUGUGCAAUAGACAGACAUUAUUUCCAAUGACCGUCCAUCAUGCAGCUCCAUUUGCACAAUGCUAUCUGUCUGCACGAGAUUGCUGUUGCACAACUGCACAUAUGUUUCAUUAAAACACACAUGGAACAUUGUGCAGGAUGUUAACUAGGUUUUGCAAGUAAGUUGCAAGUGUAGUCAGAGCAUCAACAUUUAACCUCUUGGCUGUCCUCUGAAAUCCUGGGGAGGGGGUGUGCAUCACAUCCUCUUCUUCCACCCCACCAUCCUGCAAGCACUCUUGAUUUCUGUUCUGCCCCAAUUGGGCAUUUUUAAAUUGUGCCCUUAAUCCCUGUUUUUAGAAUGGUCAUUAUCUUCCCUUGAUGUGUGAGCACUGCAAGAUAUUCCCCUCAGGGGAUGGAGCCGCUCUGGGAAGAGCAGAAGGUUCCAAGUUCCCUCCCUGGCAGCAUCUCCAAGACAGGGCUGAGAGAGAUUCCUGCCUGCAACCUUGGAGAAGCCGCUGCCAGUCUGUGAAGACAAUACUGAGCUAGAUAGACCAAUGGUCUGACUCAUUAUAUGGCAGUUUCCUAUGUUCCCUAUAGGGAUCUGUUAGCAACUAGUUAGGCUUUGCUAUCUGUUACUGUGAAUUGAUUGGUAGCACUUAGAAAGGAUUUGUCUCUCCCCCUGUUUGGGCCAGUAAGUAAAAAGCCUUUCAACUUGUUCUCAGUGUCAUCCUGAGUUGCAGCCUGGGCAUUUUCCACACAGGGCUUUUAGCUCACAUUUCCUCUGGAAUGGAGGGUGUGUGUUCAGAUAUUGGCCAGAUUUACCCCGAAGUCCCUGCGAGCUAUCAGGGAGCACUUCACACACAAUUCGGAUUUUUCAUUGCGUGUUGGAGUGUAGCCCGAUUUAUAUCCAGGGUAAAAAAAAUCUCCUUUUUGCAUCGGUUAUUUGGGCAACAUCGAACUCGCAAUAAAGCCUCGCAGUAAACUCGCGGUAAAGCCUGCUGUGUGAAAAAACUCCCUGGCCUUGUCUUUUCUUUCCAUGCCUCAGUCACACACUCCAGUUUAUUUGGUUCAAACUUUCACAAGUCUUUUAAAAAUCCCAGAGUGAAGUUAAUCCUCUGCCUUUAUCAAUUGCUGUUCAAGUUGUGUUAGUGAACCUGAAGAUUAAUCGACAUGGAAGUGUGGAUUGGAUGUGAGUUUAGUGUGUCUUGAGGCCAGAACAAUGUCGGGGGGGCAAAGCUGCACCCAGAUCAGACUCGUUUCUGACCCCUUGGCUUUUGUUUCUUGGUCACAUUGCGCCACCAGAAGAAAAGGAAAACAUCCUGUCGAGGGUAGGCAACCUUGGCUCUCCAGCUGUUGUUGAACUACAACUCCCAUCAGCCUCAGCCAGGGGUGUAGCUGUAAUUGAGCGAAUGGGUUCAAAGAACCCGGGGGCCCCAGCACCACCCAUCCCUAUUUCCUUCAUUAUCUCCUUCACUCUAAAGGGGCACCGGGGAAAGAGGUGAACAUGGGCCCCUUCUCCCCUAGCUAUGCCCCUGUCCUUAGCCACAGUUUAUUGUGGCUGGGGAUGAUGGGAGUUGUAGUUCAACAACAGCUGGAGAGCCAAGGUUGCCUACCCCUUCUUCAGACCUUAUUCAGAGACUUCAAUUUGGGUUUACAGAUCCCAGUGCAAGACAGUCUGGAAAUUCUCUGUGGUGAGAGAAUCCCUUUCUCAUUAUAGCAGAGUGCACAGAGGCACAACACAGCAGAUUUAGUUAGGCAUGCGUGUAUGCUGAGAGUAAAGUAACUUGGAGCCAAUUCAUAGUUUCAAAUCAAUAUAUAAGGCGUUUAUUAAGGAACUCCAUUCUAGAUAGGAAAGUGAGGAGUUAGGAUCUCUAAUCUGUCUAUCUAGCUGGGUGCAGAUGGAUUCUGCAUCUUCUCUGCACAUAUGGUGCAGGGAGAGGCUUGCCAUGUUGCAAGGUAGAAGGGCAGGUAGGGAAGAGAGAGAGAGGAAGGAAGUUAGUCCCUGAGAUUAGCAAUCUGCAUAUCAAAGGGAUAGUGUCAGAGCAGUAGAGAAGGGAUGACCAAUAUCUUGACCCUCUAGCCCUCUGACUCACUAGUCUGUCCUCCACUGUCUGAGACGAGACAGCGCAAAGUCCUUAACUUCCAACACCCCCUCUCGAUGUCUCGUGACUCAGUUCACAAGAUUCUUUUUCUCUCUCAGCUUUUCAAAGCAGGGUCUUGGUAGUGGCUUAGUGAGUAUGUCUGCAAGCAUUUCAUUUGUCAGGCAGUAGAUCAGCUUGAUUAGUCCAUCUUUGUCAUGUACACUUCUUUCUCUUCUUUCUGGUGUGUUUCCUUCCCUCCCUUGAUGUCUUUGUCACCCUGAGAGACUUAAUUGAGAUUAAUGAGCAUAGUGUGAGAGCCUUCUCUCCUUUUGUUCUAACUCUUCCUGUGGUGAAUAGGAGAAUGGCUAAGCCAUCUGACUGAGUCCUGAGAAAGUCACACCAAGGCCAUAAUCUUGGUGACUAGUAUUUUCCUGUGUCUGAGGUGGGAGGCAGUCAAACAAGAAUCUGUUUGAAGUAGAACAGGCUCCCCCUUGUAUAUGUGAAGAGUUGGGGCCUAGAGUUCAGCCCAGGACUGAAGCCGAGAGAGUGCUCCUGAGAAAGAGCAGAGUUCCUGCUGCUCCUGGCUGGGGUAGGAAGCUCCUCACCACCAUGCUUUGAGGCCUGAGAUUCUAAAGCUGACCUUUCUGCAACUCAGUGGUUUAACCUCCUGGCUGAUCCUAACAUCUAAAUCAGGAAGGAGGUAUGGAUGGAUGUACAUUUUCCUGUUUCUUUUGCCUGUAAUGCUCUGUUCCUUGCAUCUGACUUUAAUAAACAAAACUUUUUAUCUUUUUACUACGA